GGCUCCGCCCCCUCCGCAAAACUCAUCUGAUAAAACGCAACCGAGAGCUGGAGGAAUCAAAGACACCGACUGCACGGUCCUCCGUUACCGCUGGAGCAGCACCACCAAUCCCGCAGCACGCCUCCAGCGCUGUUUUUUUUAUCAGAGCACGCAAACAAUAGCGGCUGGAAAGGAUCGAGAGGAAUAUAUUGCCCUCUUAACAGAACAAUGAACGCGGGCUGAUUUCUCAGGGACAGACGAACUGUUUGAGGAUAAAUGGGUUUAAGGAACUACAGCGAGACCUCCUGCUGACCCCUCUCCAGUUGGGUCUGGAGUGCAGCGGCGUGUGGCCGAGAGGACUUCUGAAAGAUGAAGUCCAGUCUGAAACAAUGGCGGCGGCUCACCCUCGGCCUCAUGCUAGUCUGGGUGCUGCUGUUCCUGGCGCUCCUCUCCUACUUCAUGGAGUCCCGAGUGGACGACCCGCACUCAGCGGCUGCUCUCUCCUACACGGACACGCGCCGCUUGACCUCGCUGCAGGGCAACCCCCGCACCAUUAUGGCCACUCAUUUGGGGCUUGCCACCUCCUCAACACCCCCUGCCUCCAGCAACACCCAACAGGAACAAAGCCAGGAGGAAAACCCCAGUGCUGACCCCCAGCCCAGUCCGCUCAGCCAGGAGGCCUACCCCUAUCCCGACCUUCAGAGCCUGGCGGCAUGGUCUGCAUUCGGCACCCAAGAUGUGGGCUCCCGAUCAGCCCCUGUGAGUCGCAACCGUGAGAGACCGGAGUAUAAUCAGGAUUCACCUCAACAGGAUGAAGAAGAGGAUGAGGAUGAGGUGGUGGGAGGGGAAGAGGAAGAUGAGGAGGAGGAGGAGGGAGAUGAGGGCAGGAGGAGGAAGACUAAACAGGUGGCUGUGCGUGAAGACUCAGAUGAGUACUACGUUCCCAGGUCAAAAUCCGUAGUGCGCAGCCUGUGGAAAGGGAGUUUGUCCGUGGGCAUGCUCAGUCCUCGCCUGCAGAGAGCUAUGAAAGACUAUCUGAAUAAUAAUAAACACGGCGUGGCCUACAGGGGGCACCGGAAGGCGCAACAGAGCGGCCAUCAGGUGUUGUGUGAGCUGAAGAAGGGCGAAAAGGUUCGGACUUUGGAUGGGGCCGAGAUGCCUUUCUCCCAUUUAGGCUGGCAGAAGAUUGUACCUACCUUACCUUUAAGCCAGCUCUACGGGCCAGGCUUCCAGACCUGCGCUGUGGUCACCUCUGCCGGAGCCAUGCUUCACUCGGGACUUGGCAAGGAGAUUGACUCCCAUGAUGCAGUGCUGCGUUUUAAUACAGCUCCUACCGAGAGUUAUGAAAGAGACGUUGGGAAUAAAACCACAAUACGCAUCAUCAACUCUCAGAUCAUGGCGAAUCCCAAGCAUCAGUUCAACACAAGCUCAUUGUAUAAGAAUGUAACGCUGGUGGCAUGGGAUCCAGCUCCAUACACCCUCAACCUGCACAAAUGGUACUCAAAUCCAGACUACAACCUGUUCACUCCAUAUAUGGAGCACAGGAUGCACUUCCCUGCACAGCCUUUCUACAUCCUGCACCCGAGAUACAUCUGGCAGUUAUGGGAUGUGAUUCAGGCUAACAAUCUGGAGAACAUCCAGCCCAACCCACCCUCCUCAGGGUUCAUAGGCAUCCUGCUGAUGAUGUCCUUAUGUGAAGAGGUUCACGUGUACGAGUACAUUCCUUCACUACGACAGACGGACCUGUGCCACUACCACGAGCGUUACUACGACGCCGCCUGCACUCUGGGUGCGUAUCACCCCCUGCUCUACGAGAAGAUGCUCAUCCAGCGCAUGAACGUUGGCUCCGAGGACGACCUCAAACGGAAAGGCAAGGUCACGCUCCCCGGAUUCAAGAAUGUCCACUGUGAGCCCUGAACAGAAAGAUGCAAUAACGGCCUUUGUAAAGCAGAAGAGAUCUGCAGACUGACGCAAGACUGCACAGAGACUGCUGAGAACAGACCUUGUUAGAUAUGGGACGAAACCUUCUGCUGUAGUUCACUCAAAAAUGCAUUUCCUGAGCCUAAACUUAAAUAAAGAUGGUCAGAACAGCAAUAGAUAUGUCCUGAGAAAAGCUUUUUGGAUUUGUGGAUGUUCGUGGUUUUAAAAGCCAUCAAAAAAACAGUGUUUGUUUUUUUUUAUUUUAUUAUAUCAUUUUUAAUGGAACUCUGUUUUUCACAGGGUUGAAAGUAUUAGCAGUCAUAAACACUGAAAGCUACACUGGGGGAAAUAAAAGCAUUCACACAAAUACGUUUUAGCACAAAGGCUAGAUUUAUUCUCUGAUUAAAGAUGAGCUUUACUAAUCUGUCCAUAGAUUUGUUUUUCACAUACUGACAGAUUUUAAAGCUUCUUGCCAUAAUGCUAUGAUUGUUUAGUUUUUUUUGUAAAUUAGGUACAGUUAAUUUUCUGCUGUAAUAUACUUUGUGCCACAUUCACAAGCCUCUUUGGGAAUAUUUUGCUCUUCCAGUACGUCUCGCAGAACUGUGGCAAAUGAAUCAAUAGUUGUGGGGGUUUUUUUUUCCUUACUCCGUGUAAAUGUUUCUUUGAAAGCAGAGUACUUUCAUGUAUCUUGUAGCUUUUGAAUGUGACCACGGUUCGUUUAAUUCUCUAGUCAUUUUAUACUUUCAAAAACCUGUCUAGACGGGUGGUUUACAAAAAAUAGUUAUUAUUGCUUGUACUAUGGACUCAUUGCAGCACUGUAGAUCUUAUUUGGGGCUUUAAGGCUGCUGGCAAUAUAACAAGUACAGUGGUGAUAUUAUUUGUUAAAUAUAAACUGAGGUUUUUAAUAUCUUGUAGCCCCUAAAAUCAAGAGGUUUUCUUGACUCCAGCUGGAGCCGUCUUUAAAAGCGAAUGAAUUAUGUUGUCUUCUCUUAAAUGUACAGUUGUUCAUUUAAUGCAAUUCACUUUGUGUUUUGACUUUUCUACAGGAGGGAAAACUUGAAGGUUUGUUAUUUACUCGUGCAUUGUUUCAAUGUGUGCCAUUUUAAUUAAGACAGAACACUUUCACAAGCUGAUUUUUCUGGAGAUCUGGUGAGGGGAGCUAACGUCUGUUUUAAUCACUGUUGUAUAUUGUAGAAGUAAAACUAGUAAUUGAUGAUUUCACUCAGGAGCUCACGAUACUCUCUCACCAGGGUGAAAUGUUUCAUUUUCCUUCUAGUCCUAUGGUAGGCUGAGGUGUGUAAAGCUAAUAUUUGACCUUUACUCUGUCCUGUUUCCCCAUGUUGGGGGAUUGUAGAUGUAACUGAAGAGUAACUUUUUUUUUUUUAUUUUUUUUUUUACGUGGAAUACGAAAUUAGGUUUGGACGUAAAAAUGUUAUUCCCGGUUUAGUGCAUCUGAACCUGCAGUGUGUCGUCUUCUCAGUAUGACUCAAUGUUGGGCUGGCCGUGGUUGUCAGGCAUGUGUGACCAGUCGUGGUCCAUCGCACUUGCCUCCAGUCUGUGACAGUCGGAUAAUUAAAUAGGGUUUUUUGGGGGGAUUUUCGACACUUUUUAUUGACUGGUAAUGGAAAGGAUAUGACUGGGGGGAGAGCAUAAAAACUAGCUACUGUUCAAACAUUUGGGGUCGUUACAUUUGCUAUUAUUUGUUCAAAAAUGCAGUAAAAACAUUAAUAUGGUAAGAUAUUAUUACAAUUUAAAUGACCUGUUUUCUAUUGUUAUAUAUUUUAAAAUGUAAUUUAUUCCUGUGGUGCAGAGCUGGUUUUCAGCAUCAUUACUCCAGUCUUCAGUGUCACAUGAUCCUACAGCAAUCAUUUGAUACACUGAUUUGGUGCUCAAACAAACAUUUAUCAAUAUUGAUAACAUUUAUGUGAAAUGGAAAUCUUUUGACAUUCUUGUUUUUACUGUCAUUUUUGAUCAAUUUAAUGUCGUUGCUGAUUAAAAUGUUAUGUAUUUAAAAAAAAAAAAAAAAA